CCAACAAGCUUGUCAGUUUGACAAUUCACGUAAUGAAAUAGGGGAGGAAUUUUUUUCGCGAUUUUUGCACCCGGAAAAUGAGUAAAUAUAGGAAAUGCGGUUACAAGUCCUGCUCCUUCGAACCGAAAAAAAGUCCUAGGAUAUCACCUUACCUUCAUCAGAGAGACGAAUGGAUGAACGAUUUGAAAAUGUAUAAUCAACACUUGAAAAGAAUUUUCGAAGCACGUCCUUUGGUAGAUGCUUCUCCUCUAAAAAUGAACCCCAAAGCACGACUAGGUCUCAGCAGACUUGAGCAUGAUGCCAAUAGGAUGCACAGGAUAGAUGAGGAAAAUAAAUUGUUCAUGAAGAAGCUUAUCGAAAUAGUUAGGAAUGGGGGUGUGGUCGACCAUAUAAACAAUCAAAUUUAUUGUACGCGUGUUACCAAGUGGAGAGGGGAGAAGGCCAGGAGGAACGAGUUGAAUGAAGAGAACCGAAAGAUGUUAAAGAGGCUCCUUGUGGUGAAAUCUUACUACAGGUGGAAGGAACACAAGAAAGAAUGGAAAGAGAACAAACGGGUUUUAAAAAAAACAGCCAAAUUUCCCCUAAUAGUGAUGAAGAAGACAAGUUUGGACGAUACCCUUCAAGCAGAACCCACUAUUAGUAGUACGCUUGGUCAACUUGGCCAAAGGCUUCAGUGUUUCCUGGAUUUUCGCGUGAAAGGAGGGGAGAAUCUAGGGAGGGUCGUGAUUGAAAUCUACCACGAUCACGUCCCAGUGACGGCUUGCAAUUUUUUCCACCUGUGUCGCGGAGACUACGGCAAGUCCUAUAAGAAUUGUCCCGUUCACCGCAUCGCCAAAAAUAAAUACUUGGAGACGGGGGACAUCACAAAUGGAACAGGCACAGGUGGUUCGUCCAUUUACGGCGAAUCUUUUGACGAGGAAAAACACACCCUUAAACAUACGAGAGCCGGAGUGCUGAGUAUGAUCAGGGUCGGGAAUCAGAAGAACAAUUCGAAAUUCGUGAUAACAUUCGUGAACAUGCAAGAGUGGGAUAGGAAGAACGUCGUUUUCGGAAAAGUCAUCCAGGGGGCCGGGGUUCUCAUGAAAAUCAACGGGUAUGGCCGGGAAAUCGGAAAACCCCUAAAACAAAUUUUCAUUUCCAACUGCGGGGAGAUGCCAUCUUGCGACUGUCUUUUCAAACACGAACCAUGUUUGUGAGGCGACUAUUUAUAGGAGUUUAUAAGAUGAAUUUAUGCGAAUAAAUUGAGAUGAAAUUAUU